UCCUGAUCCCUAUUGCUUGUCUCUGCUCACUUCUCUGCCAUCAGGGAAGCACAGGACUGGCAAGGGAUCUUUCCACUUCUCCUGAUCUCAGUCUUGGGGAUUGUGCUCCAUCAGCCUUUGCGACUGGCCUCCUGUGGGUUUGGACAACACUUUCCUUAUCUUCUGUUGCAGAAGAUUGAGUGACAUCUUUUGGCUUCUGUCAAGCCCAGAACUUGAAUCCCAUCAGAAAGCCUUCUGCUUCUCCUAGCCUUUGUUUGUGAAUGAUUGUAUACUGGGAUUCCUGUACCUGAGUCUGCUGCCUCAAUGCCCGUUCGUAAUGGAAAUCAAUAGCCUUUCGCGUGCAAUCGACUGACUCCAUGGACUUCAUGAAGAUGAGGCUGGUUUAUGCUUUCAUUCUGACAAUGGGUGCUCUUUGCUUAUACUUCAGCACGGAACUUUUUGAGGAACCACCAUUUGUUCUCAAGAAAGGUCACGGGCAGUUUCUCCAGCUUCCAGAUAUAGACUGCAAGCAGAAGCCACCUUUCCUUGUGCUGCUGGUAACUUCAUCCCACAAGCAGCUGGCAGCUCGCAUGGCCAUCCGCAAGACAUGGGGUAGAGAGGCAGAGAUUCAUGGGAAAAAUGUGAAGACCCUCUUCCUCCUGGGGGCCACAGACAGCACCGAUGAGAUGAAUGCCACAGCCCAGGAGGGCAAGCAGCACCGUGACAUCAUCCAGAAGGAUUUCAAGGAUGACUAUUACAACUUGACCCUGAAGACAAUGAUGGGCAUGGAAUGGGUCCACCACUUUUGUCCACAGGCAGCUUUUGUGAUGAAAACAGACUCAGACAUGUUUGUGAAUGUUGGUUAUCUGACUGAACUGCUGCUGAAGAAAAACAAAACCUCCAGGUUCUUCACGGGCCACAUAAGGUACCAUCAACCGCCCUUCAGGCAUAACUUAAACAAGUGGUUUGUGAGUAAAUUUGAAUAUCCCUGGGACACGUACCCACCUUUUUGUUCUGGAACAGGUUACAUCUUUUCUAGUGAUGUGGCCAGCCAAGUAUACGAUGUCUCAGAGAGUGUUCCAUUCCUCAAGCUGGAGGAUGUGUUUGUUGGGCUCUGCCUGGCCAAGCUGAAGAUCCGGCCUGAGGAACUCCACACCAAGCAGACCUUUUUCCCAGGUGGCUUACGCUUCUCUGUGUGCCGCUUUCAGAAAAUUGUGACCUGCCACUACGUGACACCCCAGGACUUACUCACUUACUGGCAGAUACUGGAGAACUCUCAGGAACAGAAUUGCUCUGAUGUCUGAGGGGAGCCUGUGGCACAAACUUCUAAUAACCUUUGGUGAUACUUUGGGAAGGUCUGGGGUGGCCUUGCUGGGAAAUGUCAGGGGUAGAGAGAGAAGGAGGAGGAAGGCAAGAGUUCUGUUCUCAAUGCCCUGCAUACACUAGAGUGGAUGUACACACAAACAGAGUCAAGACUUGUUCCCACUUGGCACCCAGAGCAACAACAGAUCUUGACUUUCAGGCUUUUGCACUAUGUUCUCAAGGUUUGAGACAUGCCCUCAUCUGCUCAUUUCAGGGUCCAAUAUACAUAUGAAGCUGUGGAUGUGAUCAUUCCCAUUUUACAGGUUAGGAACCAGGAGCCAUGGCCACUUAUUUGUCCAAAGACUCCCAGUCUGCAGACAGAACAGGAUUGAAAGUCAAGUGCUAUUAGAAUUAAGUUGGUGGCCUCCCACUGAGUGUCCCGUUCUUUGGGAGAGGGUGGUAGUAGAAGAAGCUUAGGAUUGGGGUGUCUUAAAGUUAACUAGCAUCAUUUAGUUUCUUUCCUGAGUCCCCUGCCCCUCACUUCCCAAACCUUCUAUUUUUAAAUGCUCAGUCUGGGAUGAACCAGCUUUCUCAGUCCUCUCCCCUCACUUGAAUGAUGUAGCUAGGCACUGAGUCUGUUAGCUACUGGGUACCCAAUGCAUCUUCAACAUGAGACAUGCAUGUCUGCAGACACUAGCUCACCUCCAUGCUAGAAGGAAACUGGGUUAUAUGACCAUAUAAAUCAGGCUGAGAAACCAUAGCUGGGUCUCUGUAUAGGCUUAUAACACUGCUGAAAUCCUAACAAGGGUGACAUCUCCUCUGAGCCUUUUGAGACACCUUGUCUCUGUUGAGGAUGUCUUGAUGUAUUGAUGGUGGUGACCAGCUGCAGCACUAAAAACCCUUCAGAUCUCAAACUCAGGGGCAGCCAGGCACAGGCGUGAUCUGUAUGGGUGUCCAAGAACUCUGCUGGAACCUGAACUGGUCCAAGCUUCUGGGAUGCAGAGCAUGGAGAUAGGCCUAGUGGAAGGGCUCUCCCUGCAUCUGUGAUCUUUCUGACCCCAGGUCUUCACACUGGAUUAUCACAUGGUCAGAGAUCUGCUGAGUGUUUUGGUUUGGAAUUUAACCUUGAUGGUUUUCAAAACUGGGUAAAAACAGGGGCUCAUGGCAAUUCAGCCACUGUCACCAGACAUAUAUAUAGUCUUGCUCUGUAUCAUGGGAAUUAUUGUUUCCCCCUGAUUUUUACUUUACUAGAUUUUAAUGUGUGCUUGGAGCCAAAGCUUCAUGUGACUGUGUGACUGUAACGUUGCAAUAUGCUCUCUGAACACAGGAAAACUUACUCAAGUUAGAACCAUUACUCCUCCAGUUGGAGGAGGCUGGAAUCUACCUUCAGGGCCUCAUUUCCAUACUUGUUCCUGUCACUCCUCUGAGUCUCUCCCAUAACUCUUGGGGGAAAAUUAUUCUCUUUGUGACAUUCAUCAAAAUCCUACAGCACUGGGUUCUAGACCCUUAGUUCAGAAUAUGUGAAAAUCUGAGCUGGGGAAAGAGUAAGGGUGAUUGUUCCUGCGUGUGUACUAGGGACUACAUACACCAUCCAAACAAAACCAGAUCUUCUCUUGACAGAGAGGGAAGCCAAGGCUUGUAACAAUAUGGUGGCUUUGCCAUCUAGAUGAUGGAAGAGCUGGCAUCAGGACCUGGCACCAGCUGCUCUGCAUCAGACCUUCCCUCUAUUCAUUCCUUCUUUAGCCAUGUUUGCUCACUGCAUUCACACACAUCACAUGCAAGGUCAAGGUGAAGGUCUCCAGACAGCAGAUCUGAGUGAGCUCAGUGCAGAGAAGAUGGUCAGGCACAGGUUCUCUUGAUCUAUGCACAGUGCAUGGAAGCAUAAGCAGGUGUGAUUACCUGGGCCCAGAGUUGCUCUUGCAUUGAAGAUGCAGACAUUCUUUGCAGGUAGCUGCACUUCAUUCUUACAACCAAACUGGUUGUCAGCAGAAGCAACUGAGGUGACUCGGUGACUCUCCCAGGGUCUGAGAUGCAGUGGAAGCCCAGCCCUCAGCCUUCUCCAUUGGCACAGCAUUAACAACCUUCCUGCAUGAUUACUUCUCUCAGAAGCCUGGGGCUGGUGCUACCCAAGGAGUCACCAGCAUCUCUCUUUGCCUGCACAAUGCCACCUCUGUCCUAGGUGUUGGCUAGAGUGUUGGUCUACUUCUUCAUGGUUCUCCCUGAAACUCACGUGGCCCUGGGGCCCUCUGUGGAAUUCUCACAAACCUCCCGUUUAGACUAGCUUUAUCAUGAGAUCAUAUGCAUUUCACAUGUGCACACAAAGAUCCAGGUGUCUACAUGCAGGAUCCAGGCUACUUUUAUUACUUGGGAUGAGACAUAGCAAGUGCCUCCAAUCUUCUCUUUAGAGUGUGAGGUUGCCUUGAUCUCUCUCUUGCACAAUGAGCUGCAAGCUUGUCACGAGGCCAGGUGUGCUAUGGUGGGGACAUGAGCUGAAGGAGUGGCUCACAGUUGCACACCCAGGGGGUUCUUGACCUCCAGCCUCCAGGCAGAAGUGAAACACACCCACCAGCCUGCUGAGGGGGCACAGCUUUUACCAUCACAGCUGCACCAGUGCUCACACUAGAAUGUCCAUCGCUGGCCUCAGGAUGCUGUCUUGAAAGAACAAAGCCAGGCUUCAGACAUCGUCUGGUUUCCCCACUGAGUCUGCAGCCUCAUGGCAGACUGAAUAAUUCACAAGCUGAAUUUAAUAUGGUAGCUGCUGGGCAUCACUUAAAAAAUAGAUGAGAUGUUGCUUAGAUCUUUUCCAUCCCUCCUUUUGGAAGCUUUGCUUUCUCAUACCAUGGUUUUAAAAUUAAAAACUAAUUUCCUGUAUUCAUCACAUUAGAAGGCAUCUGAGCCUUCUCUAGGCUGGGUCUCCUGGUAGACAGGAUGCUUCCUCCUCUCUGGCUGCAACUUUGGCUUGGUAUAGUGGGGGAGGAGAGUCUUGUAAUUAUCCACAGGUCCUGAGAGGACUUCGUAAAGGAGGUGUCUGAUGCCAGCCAAGCUGCUGCAUUCUGUGAGGGUGCUAGCCUGGGAGUCUCUUCUGGCCUGGGUAAGAUGGUUCAGUGGGUUAAGGUAUUUGCUGCCAAAUUACUCUAGCAAAUGCAACUCAGUCCUUGAGACAAUUGAGCUUCACAAGCCCAUGGUGGGCCUGCCCACAUGUGCAUGCACACACAUAAAUAAAUGAAAUGCAAACAAAAAUAAUCUUUGGAAAGGCUCCUGCAAACACUGACCUCCCAGGCUCUUGGCUUAUUUUUGUUUCUCUGGCUCUUCAUGAUGCAAACCCUGUGUGUGAACACUGGCACAGAUGAAUUAGAAGUAAACUCUCAAUCACACCUCUAGGAUUUGCGUGGUACUUUCAUUUGGCUGAGAAUUUGAUAGGAAAAUUUAUUGGGUGCUUGCCUCAUGUGUCUCCUGACUUUUAGCCUAACUAGACAGAUCCUCAAAGAUGGCUUUAGAUUGUUCCUGGAGGUGAAGAUUAAACUGCCCAAGCUCAGAGUUGAGACGGGCUGUAUGAGCCUGAAAUGAACGAAUUGGAAUGAAGCCUAAUAACAAUAGCAAAAGGUUUUAAUCAAUUAAAAGCAGCAUUCUCUAAUGACCAGGCAUAGUCAUUUUAAAUACAAGAAGAAAAAUGAAUUCUAUGGAUAAAUGUCAUUUGUGUGUGAGUAUGUGUGGUAUCAUUUUGGAGUUUUGGUAUUGGGGAUGAAGCCCAUGACUGCGUACAAACUCUCCCCAGCCCCUGGUGAGUGUUUUGCAUCAUGUGAUCUACUACCUCCAUGCAGGGGUCAUGGGGAUCAGCUCCUGAUGCCUGCAGUUCGAAUGCUGUGUUGGGAGGUUAUGACUGUUAUCUUGACACAACCUACAAUCACACCACAGAGGGUUUUAAUGAGAAAUAUCUCUCUAGGAUCCAUUGAUGUAGGAAGACGCAGCCCACUGUGGGUGACACUGUUCCCUAGGCAGGGUGUCUUGAGCAGUAUGAGAGGAGGAAGCCAGCUGAGGGCAAACAAGGAUCCAUGUGUUUUCCUGUCUCUGUUGGGACCAUGGAUGUGCCCCACUGCUUUAAGUUCCUGCCUUGACUUCCCUGCAAGAACAGACUACACCUGGCAUUGUGAUCCGAUGAAACCCGUAUUCCUGGAGCUGCUUUUAGUCAGGGUGUCUAUCACAGUAACAGAAAUGAAGCUAAAACAGAUGCUCAGGGCGUUACCCACACGGGGUCUCAGACCCUUCUCACACCACAAUGCUCCUGGAUGUCAUCGCCAGUGCUCUCCCUCUGUUCCAAACAGAGGUGAGUCCAGAGAGGUGUAAUACCCUUCUUACAUUCUGCUUCAGGCAAUAUCAGAGGGGGAGAGUGGACUCAUUUCACCCAGUCUAAGAAGACAAAAAAUACCCCCUGUGACUGGAAGCCACUCAUCUGAAACUAAGGACACUUUGUGGUCAAAUCUAAUUUCCUAAAGGAUAAAAUUUAAAUGUCUAUGUCACUGAAUGCUGUUUGAAAUAGUCAUUUGCCUAUACACUGAGGAGGUUCUACAGACUGAUACUCUGUUUGGGGAGCGGGUAUAUAUAUAUAUUUUUGAUUUGUUAAUAAUGAUAUUUAUCUUUAAUAAAAUUUAAAUUAAGAGCAGCAUAGUGCGUGUGGGUGGUUCUAACUUACAGCUCCUCUGAAGUUAUCCAUAUCUGUAUGGUCUAAAUUUGUCUUUUUUCUCAUUGAUGUUUGUGUCUGGAAUAUUUUUAUUUGGCUUUGAUUUUGUAUGCUUAGAAAAGUAUUGCUGAACAGUCUUGUUUAUGUUUGAAAUAUAAGAGGACUUCUUGUUUCACUCAUAUUUUGGAGGCAAAGCUACAGAACUCAACAGAACGGAUGGCUCAACACUUUCAUGACAGGAGAUUAGAGAGAUGGUCUCUCUGCCACAGAAACUACAGUAUAGGGGAUAAAAAAUACUAUCUGUUUGUAUAACAAGAAGAAUGUUUUUAGAAGGAACUGACUUGACCAACACUUUGACCUCUGACUUCUAGAACUGCCUGAUAUUUAAGCUGACAUAAAAGAUAUCUGUUCAGGAAGCCCAAAUGAAUAAAACAAGACUAGAUAA